AUGACAGUACAAGAGUAUGAUGUCAACAGCCACACUCUUCCUCUCGCUGCCACUUUCUUUCCCUCGCCGCCACACUCUCCCCCUCGCCGCCACACUCUUCCCUCGCCGCCACACUCUUCCCCUCGCCGCCACACUCUUCCCCUCGCCGCCACACUCUUCCCCUCGCCGCCACACUCUUCCCCUCGCCGCCACACUCUUCCCCUCGCCGCCACACUCUUCCCCUCGCCGCCACACUUUCCCCCUCGCCGACACACUCUUACCCUCGCCGCCACACUCUUACCCUCGCCGCCACACUCUCCCCUCGCCGCCACUUUCUUCCCCUCGCCGCCACACUCUCCCCUCGCCGCCACCCUCUCCCCUCGCCGCCACACUCUCCCUCGCCGCCACACUCUCCCCUCGCCGCCACACUCUCCCCUCACCGCCACACUCUUUCCCUCGCCGCAACACUCUCUCCCUCGCCGCCACACUCUCCCCCUCGCCGCCACACUCUUCCCCUCGCCGCCACACUCUCCCCCUCGCCGCCACACUCUUCCCCUCGCCGCCACACUCUCCCCCUCGCCGCCACACUCUCCCCCUCGCCGCCACACUCUCCCCUCACCGCCACAUUCUUCCCCUCGCCGCCACACUCUUCCCCUCGCCGCCACUUUCUUUCCCACGCCGCCACACUCUCCCCUCGCCGCCACACUCUUCCCCUCGCCGCCACACUCUUCCCCUCGCCGCCACUUUCUUCCCCUCACCGCCACACUCUCCCCUCGCCGCCACUCUUCCCCUCGCCGCCACACUCUUCCCCUCGCCGCCACUUUCUUCCCCUCGCCGCCACUUUCUUCCCCUCGCCGCCACACUCUCUCCCUCGCCGCCACACUCUUCCUCUCGCCGCCACUUUCUACCCCUCGCCGCCACACUCCCCUCGCUGCCACACUCUUCCCCUCGCCGCCACACUCUUCCCCUCGCCGCCACACUCUUCCCCUCGCCGCCACACUCUUCCCCUCGCCGCCACUUUCUUCCCCUCGCCGCCACACACUCUCCCUCGCUGCCACACUCUCCCCCUCGCCGUAA